GCGAUUGCAGCUCCGCUGGGGAUGGCGGGUCCCUUUCAGCUCUGGAGAUGAGCUGCCUGCACCUCCGCCUGGGUAACCCGACUUCACUUCCUUCGUCUCGGGCUCUGGGGCAGAGAGGGCUCCUGCCCCCCUGUCUUAGCUCCCCCCCUGCAUGUCUUGCCUUAUCGCAGGCACGUCUGAAGCUGCGUGCACCUGAGCGAGUCUCAGAGCAGCACACGCAUAAGAGCUGGGUGCUGAUUUAAGCGAGCCCACGGGUGUUUCCGGCCUCAUCGUGACCCUAGGCUUUAAUCUUGUGCAAACGCCUCUCAGGAUUUCCUCCAGGCAGUGAGAGCUGCCGCCCAGGGGCCUGGGGAGCGAGGCAGGCUCUCCCCGUUCACAACUGACCUGGGAAGGGAAUUUCCAGCUUGCAGAAAUCAGCUGCUUGGAUUGGUAAUUAGGAUGAGGCCAUAUAAUAAGAUUGCUAAUAGUUAUUUCUUUUAUAGGAUCCCCUUCUGGAGCACUGGAUAUUUCUGUAGGUUUUUUCAUUCAAUAACUGGUACCUUUAGGCAUCUUUAAAUCAUUUGGAAUAUGGCAGAAGCAGUGCUGAUUGAUCUACUUGGGCUAGAAAUGAAUUCACAGGAUAGCAGCUUUCAAAAAUUACUACAUAACAUGCUAGAAGCUGUUGAAAAGCACUAUUCAGUCAGUGCCCCAUCUGUUUACAUAAUGUGCUGCCAGACUCAGCAAAGUGGAAGGAAUGCUGUGCAAGAUUGGUUACUUAAAGCAAUGAGUGGCGCUCAAAUUCUGGAGAGAAGUUUUGAGGUUAUCUGCGCAGCAAAUGCAACUGCUGCUUUGUACACAAUUAAACAAAAACUUGAUAAAAAGGACCUAAGCAUUAUUAAAAUCAUUUUGCCAGCACAAAGGAAAGCCUUAAUGAGAGCAUUUAUAGACCACCUAUUCACAUCUGUCUACCAGUUUGAAUUUGAAGAAUUACGGGUGGACUGUGAACCCAGCCACCUUCAAGAAGCUGAAACGCAGAAUGAAAUGCAAACGCUCCCUGCGCAGGAGACGGAAUUAAUCGUGAAUGAGAUUCAGACAUACCUAGAAAGGCUGCCAAGCCUGAGAGGGGAGCUCACCAUUCUCAAAUCUGUCUUGAUCCCAGGUGACAUCUUCCUUCAUGGGUUCACCACACGGGCAGGUGGCAUCUCCUACGUACCAACACUUAGCUCCUUCAACCUGUUCAGCAAUCCCAUGCGGAGAGAUCCAAAAAUCGUGGUCAGAGAAAACCUACGCAGGUUAUCCACCGCUGCAGGCUUUGACCCAAAGACAUAUCACAGUGUGAAGGUCAACCAUGCCAAUGAUGUUUGGAUAAUGGGAAAGACUGAACCUAAGAGUUAUGAUGGAAUAACAACAAACUGGAGAGGGGUUACAAUAGCAGCUCCAGGUGCUGACUGCAUACCUGUACUCUUUGCUGAUCCUGUCAAAAAAGCCUGUGGUGCUGCUCAUUCAGGAUGGAGAGGUACUUUAAUGGGAGUUGCUAUGGCUACAGUAAGUGCUAUGAUUGCAGAAUAUGGAUGCAAUGUACAGGAUAUUCUUGUGGUGCUAGGCCCAUCUGUUGGGCCUUGUUGCUAUACCCUUCCUCAGGAGUCAGCAAAGGAAUUUCACCAAAUUGAUCCAAAGUGUGUAAGAUCGUUUGACUCUCCAACUCCUUACAUUGAUAUUAGAAGAGCAACACGAGCACUUUUGGAGAGCGGAGGGAUUCUGCCUCAGAACAUACAGGACGAUUCCAUCGCUGACCAGAACCAAAACAUCACUUUCUGUACAGCCUGCCACCCUGAUAAGUUUUACUCUCAUGUUCGUGAUGGUAAUAACUUUGGGACCCAGAUUGGUUUCAUAUCAAUCAGAAACUGAGGCAGUUUGGCUUAUUCUUGGGUAGUAAUUAGGCUGUAUCUCUCGGGAUGGUAGACCCUUGUCCUCCCCUCCAUGUGACGUUAUCUCAAGAAGGAUGGAUUUACCACAGCUCUUGGGAUUCUGCUGCUUCCCCGCACUGUUCCUCUGGGAAGCAAGACCAGCCGCAGAAUAAAAUGGGGCCACAGGCUCGUAUGAGAACCACGGAUCAGUGGGGACGAUGCCAUU